ACUCAUUGAGUCAUAAAGAAAAGGUAUUUGUGUCUUUUCACUUUAUCCAUCAUAACCACCCAAUCCUAGAGACCUUUCCAAUUCUUAUUUAUAAAAACCAGCCUAAUCUGUUAAAUCAGAAACCUUGGUUAUCAAAUUAAGAAAAGAGUCAAAAUGAAGUUGCUCCAAUGGGUGCAUCGAAAACUUCGGCAGAAUAAUACUGAUCCCUUCAAUGAUUCAGCACUUGGAAAUCCUUGUGCCUCUCUUACAGUGCAGCUACCACUUGACAACCAAUACUCUCAAACAAAGCCAAGCUUCAGUUCCAUUAACCAACCCCGUUUCCUAAAGCCGCACCAUCAGGAAACUCAAACAUCUUGGUGCAGAGAAGAAGAUAAAUCACAAGAAACAUUUACAGUCAUCUCUGAGCUCUUUGAAGGCUUUCUGACAAUUGGAACACUUGGUGCAGAGGCAGUUACCAAUGAGCCAGCAACACCAACAUUUGCCACGCCUUUAGAAAACAUACCUAAAGAUGCAGACGUGACAGAGACUGAACUGAAGUUCAUAAGUUACGAGCUUGAGAAAUUCCUUGAGACUGAAGAAGAAAGUUUCUAUGAAUCAUCAGGAAGAAACAGCCGUCUUAGCAACAUCACACUUAGCGGAAAGCAAACAGAUGGAUCUGAAGCUGAAGAUUGUGGAAACAAGGAUGCGUGUCCACUUCAAGGAUAUUUAUUGGGGUCGUCAUUCGAAAUACGAGACAAAGUAGAAGUGAAGAAAGAGAGGGCAUCACUUGCUGAGCUAUUUCAAAGGACAAAGAUAACAAAUGAAGACUAUAUAGAGACAGGAGUAAAAGAGACACAAGUCAAGCAAGCACGUAAGUCUCCCAUGCAUAUUAUGAAAAAGAUGAUGAAAAUGGUCCACAGUUCCUCAAAAAACUGUAAGACCUCUGGGAAUAUUGCUGAAUCUACUACAAGCAAUACAAAGCUCAGUAAGGUUCUACGUAAGUUUCACAGAAAAGUCUAUCCCGAAGACACCAUAAAUGCAAAAAGUGUUACUAAAUCCCACAAAGGUAAGAUUAAAAAUCUUCCUCGUGACUGCUACGAUGAGUAUGAUAAUGGAGACACCCCAAACCCAGAUAGCAAGUCAAAAAAGUGGUCUAAACACUGUGAGACCAACUGGAACCCACCGCAAGAUGGCCUAAGUUGCAGUGGUAUGACUGGGAACAAUGAGCACUGGAUCAAAACAGAUGCUGAGUAUUUGGUGCUGGAGCUGUAGCAACUUAUGCUGAAUGAAAGUGUUAAUAUAUUGAGCCUCUAUAAGAGACAUCUCAAGAGUCGUAUUUCAUAGUGUGAUCGUGUUAUGCAUGUACUUUGGAGUGGAAAAUGAUAAUGCAUUCAAUAAAUCUGUGAGUUUCAUGAAAGCUUCAAAAUAAGUAGACACUCUGCAGUCAAACUUACUUGAAAGCUAGCAUGUGAACUGUUAGGCUA